AAAAUUUGGGGCUCAAUUUCUCACCAUAGAAGAUACACCGUUAUCUCCGGCGCCUAAGGGGACGUUAGGGCAUUCUUGCGGUGGAGAAAUGGGAGACGACCAGCUAGAUUUCGAGCUCCCCGAAGAGGUUUUGUCGGUGAUUCCGAUGGACCCUUUUGAGCAGCUAGAUCUCGCGAGGAAGAUUACAUCAAUGGCGAUAGCUUCAAGGGUGUCGAAUCUGGACUCCGAGGUGGUGGAAUUGAGACAGAAGCUUCUGGGUAAGGAAAGUGUUGUCCGUGAGCUUGAGGAGAAAGCGUCUCGCCUGGAGAGAGACUGCCGUGAGGCUGAUUCGAGAUUGAAGGUCGUCCUCGAGGAUAAUAUGAACCUGACAAAGGAGAAGGAUUCACUGGCAAUGACUGUAACAAAACUCACCCGUGAUUUGGCUAAGUUGGAGACAUUCAAGCGGCAGUUAAUCAAAUCCCUGAGCGAUGAGAGUGGUCCGCAAACAGAACCUGUUGAUAUUAGGACAUGCGACCAGUCAGUUCCAAAAGCUGAAAGGACCAAUGCACACUCAAUAAACCAUGCUUACAGUGGAUCUACAGACAUGAACAAUCCAAUUGUCGAAGCUUCAAAAUACACUGGAAACAAAUUUUCAAUGACACCGUACAUCUCUCCACGUCUUACCCCAACCGCAACACCAAAGAUCAUCUCCACAAGUGUAUCUCCUCGAGGCUAUUCUGCAGCUGGUUCUCCUAAAAGAACAUCAGGUGCAGUUUCUCCCACAAAGGCAACACUCUGGUACCCGUCAAGUCAGCAAUCAUCGGCUGCAAAUUCCCCUCCUCGCAACCGCACACUCCCAGCUCGUACACCUCGGAUGGAUGGUAAAGAAUUUUUCCGGCAAGCCAGGAGCCGAUUAUCCUAUGAACAAUUCAGUUCCUUCUUAGCAAACAUCAAGGAGCUCAACGCCCAGAAGCAAACCCGAGAGGAAACUCUGCGGAAAGCAGAUGAGAUAUUUGGGGAAGAUAACAAAGAUCUUUAUUUAUCUUUCCAAGGUCUCCUUAACAGAAACAUGCGUUGAACUUUUUCAUAAGCCGUUAUCUUUAAUCCUGGCCAAUGUGAUAGGAUCUUAAGUUCUUAACCAUUGUAGUAUCAAGUAUGUGUAUUUUCGACGGGAUUUAGUAACAUGCAAAGUGUUUUUUUCUGUAUCAUCACAAAAAAUGAAGAAGAAAUAUCUCG